GUUGGGAUGGUUUGACCCAGAAGGAACWACGAAAACCAGGGAGGGACAGAAGGCCGGCAAGGAAGGUCCGGAUAACAGUAUGGCAGGCGAGGCCAGCAGCUCCGAGGGCGGCCUUAGGAAGAUAGUGUCGUCCCUUGCGCGAGCACUAAACAAAAAUGAAUGCUGCCUAGCGGAUGCUAAGAAAAAGUUGACGUUUGAUGGGGCGAACAUCACGGAAUUCCUGAUAGAUUACGAGAAUCUGGCUGCGCUGUUGAAAUGGACCGAAGAAGAGAAGAUGGACCACCUGGGGCAGCAUGUGUCUUUGAGCCUAGGACGGGACAUAAUGGCCAUUGUGGCCGCUAGCCGGUCUUGGAAAGAAACCCGGGAUGUGAUGAUGAGAAAAUAUCUGGCAGCAGAGAAGAUGGCAACGGAGGCCGAUUUAGCAGCAGUCCAGAGGAAGAACUUCGCAACGUACAAUGACGUCCUACAGAAGUUUACUUUGGUAGCACUAAGAAUCCCCGGGGUUACGGACCGCAUAAUGAGUAAGUACUUCCUCAGAGAGUUCUCCGAGUUCGACAAGGACAAGAUCCUAUCGGCUUACCAACAGACGAGCAAAUUUGUAAACACUAGGGACGUUGAUUUCAGUACGGUAACGGAUCUGGCUGAAAAGAUGGUAAUGACUGAGACAUUGGCCUUGCUUAAGGAAGAAGCUGAGCCAGUGGUCGAUAUCAUUCGGGAUCAACUGCGGGGCCGCGGACCGCAUGUCAAAUUUAUCUUGGAAAACGACGGACGUGAUAGGGUGAACGCAACCACUCGACAAAGAACGACUGGGAGAAGGAUUAACCGUGACACCGUUAUGGAGGAGUUCGUCGGAAGCUCCGAGCCCCAGGCAGAGCAUGAGGCCGAGGAACCAGAUAAAGUCUAUGGGAAGCCUAGGGAAGAGGAGCCUGCGGACAAGGUUACCGCCGCUAAGAAGAAGUUUCGGUAUCAAAUCCCGAUCUUAACCUUGCCUGAGAUCGACGACACUAUUAGUAAGUUACUAGGAACCAUGGUGUCGGUGUUUUUUCAGACUAUGCUGCAGGCUCGUCCUAGGUUGCUCAAAGGGCUUAGACAACUGUUGACUCGGCGACGAGUAGAAAUAGCCGACAACCUCGAAUUACCAGAAGGGGAGAGGGAGGAGGAAGCUCCGCAAGAAGUGGCUAACCUUCAGAGGAGUCGCGGGGACUUGGAGGAUCUCGAGAAAGCUUUUGCAGACAUUCGUUUGAGCUUGCCCGACCGAGAAGGCGGCGAAUUCAUGAGGUCACCACCUGGGACAAAGCUUAACUUUCAUGCACUGCCCGUAGGGAAGCUGAAAAUCCAGAUCGGGACUCAUCAUACUGGCGCAUUAGUAGACGGGGGAGCAGAAAUCACUCUCAUAAGAAGAUAUUUUGCAACGAUCACGGGAUAUACGGUAAACAAGGAAGUAACAGGGAGCAUCCGGGAAGCUGGCGGGGAAAUCCCGUUCGUUGGAGGCAACAAGGGCAAUUCCGACUGUUCAUUUUUUAGGAAAAAGAUCCCGGAAGGAAGUGUUCGAAAGUACAAGCCGGUAGGGAAGAAAGCAAAAUCGGUCUCGAUCCUGCUAGAGACGUCAAAGGAAGAGGCUAUGGAGAAGGAGGAAGAGGUCCUUCAAGUGAUCCGAGAAAGAAGGGCGACGGAAGGACAUCGAAUAUCAGAUGAGGUAGCUGACACAAUGAAGAUAGGGAUAGACGGAUUCUUAACGGAAGAAGAAACCCGCCUGAUCAAAAGGACCUGCCAGGAGUUUUACCUGACAUUUGCCUUUAGUGAUCACCAGAAGGGACGACUGGAUGCGAAGCUGAUCCCUCCAGUCAGAAUCCACACGAUAGAAUAUGAGUACUGGAAUGACAAGGGGUCGUCCUAUGAAUUUGGGAUAGCAGGGGAAGUGACAGACCUCCUCCGAGCAAAGAUGAACUCCUUCGUUGCGGAGCCUACGGCGUCGCCGUACGCAAACCGGUGGUUCGUCUUUCGGAAUCCUAACAAGCCACUAAGGUGGAUUCAGGAUCUGCAGAAGUUGAAUGCGGUAACCAUCCGGGAUACUCGCUCGCUACCUCAGGCUGACUUAUUAGCAGAAUCGCACGCCGUUCGAAGCAUUUACUCCCUGAUAGAUCUGUACUCAAGGUACAACCAGCUUCCGUUGGAUGUUCGGGACAGGCCGUACACCGCUAUGCACACCCCCGUAGGCCAAUUACAGAUGCAAGUGACCCCUAUGGGAUUCAUAAACGCGGUGGCCGAAGUGCAACGCAAAAUGCUCGUCGUGGCCGGGGACAUGUUCCCAGAGAAGUGUGAGCCUUACAUCGAUGACAAUCCGAUCAAAGGCGCGUGGGAGAAAGAUGAGACGGAAGUCCAUCCAGGGAUCCGAAGUUUUGUGUGGGACCACUUGCAGGACAUCAAGGACUUACUCCGCCGGUUCCUAGUAUACAACAUUACGGCUAGUGGACCAAAGAGUAUCCUAGCAGUACCGGAGGUAACUGUACUAGGAUUUCGUUGCGGUGUUUACGGCAGGAAGCCAAAUCCGGCAAAAACCGACAAGAUAUCACAGUGGUCGACACCACUGCCCACGACAACGGAGGUAAGGGCAUUCUUAGGCGUAGUCGGCUUUUGGAGGAUCUUCAUUAAGAAUUUUGCCAAGAUUGUCGAGCCUAUCCGGGCUAUGAUCAGGGAAGAAGGAAUCAUGGAUUGGACGGCGGAGCGAGAAGGAGCUGCCCAAAAGCUUAAGGACAUAUUGACAUCUGAGACAGUCGCUCUGUCCGCACCUUGUUUUAAUGACGAAGUGGGACGACCCUUCAUCCUAGAGACGGAUGGAGGAACCCUGAACUCCGUAAAGCGGCGGUACUUGCAGUUCAAGAAGGAGGUCUUAGCCAUCUUGCACUGUCUUAAGACCUUUCAGGCCUACCUAUUUGGGAGGCGGUUCAUCCUUAGGAUCGAUCCAACGAAUGUUGCAGGUGCCUUAAAGAAUUACAGGCCUAUAGAUCCGACGGUGGGGAGAUGGGUAGGAUUUAUCUGGCAAUUCGAUUACAAAAUCAAACGGAUUGCGGGAAUUAGGAACAAGGCUGAUGGGCGGAGCCAGGUCUGCAUCACUCCCGAAGGGGUGGAGGGUGCGGAGCCCAUAGACGCAUUCCUCGAAUACGAAGGAGAGACUCUUGCGGUGGAUAACGAAAUGAUGAGCGAAGAAUGUAUAUCGGGAGAACUAUUGAUCCGGACUUUGGAGAAGGGGGCACCUGCCGUAGUAGCAAAACUUAGAGAAGGACCAGUCACCACUCGAGGACGUAGAGAAGAAAAUGACUCGUGGGGAACAAUAAUAGGACGAAAAGAGGAACUAAUAGCAAUGGCGGUCGAGGGAGGCCGGGAAACAGUGAUGAGCUUAGUGGAAUCUUGGGAAAGGAAAGAGUUGCAAUGGGUGGUAAACCAGAUGCAGGAAGGAAAGGAUGGGGGCCAAGAAGGGGAGGAGUUUUUCUAUGUCCGAUUAUACGAAGGGCUCUUUCGGGAGAUCGGGCUAUUGCUGGUAGAAAACAAACAACCUACGGAAGUCAGUGUUAAAGCGAAAGAAGAAGCUGAAAGGUACAUCCUAAGGGGCGGUCAUUUGUUCCGAAGGGAGGAAGGUGCUAUGCCCAGAAGGAUUGAGUGCGAAAGAUCUAGGCAAGUAGACGUUAUCCAGGCAAUGCAUGACGGGUUAGCUGGAGGCCAUCGGUCGUCCAAAGGAACGCUUGCAGAGAUAACACCACUCGAUUAUUGGCCAGGCAUGACAGGCAUGGUCGCCAUAUACUGCCAGACUUGCCUUAUCUGCCAAGAACGAAGCUCGACGCGGGUCUUUGAGCCGCUUAGAUCAACGCUGGUGUUAGGACUAGGACAUCUGGUCCAUCUCGACCUUGAGGUCAUGCCUGUAUCAACGGACGGGUACAGGUAUAUCUUGGAUGCGCGGGACAACUUGAGUGGGUUCGUGGAGGCGGGCGCUCUCAAGAAAAAGACAGGGAGGAGUGUGGCGGACUGGAUAGAAGACUUCAACUUAAGGCAUCCGUUCGUCAGGAAGUUUAUAGCAGACAAUGGGACGGAGUUUGUGAACCAAGAAGUGUUGGGGAUGCUUAAGAGACUCUGUGUACCGAUCAAACUCAUCGAGCCGUAUCACCCUGAGGCCAAUGCACGUGUGGCAGGGGGGCACCGAACCUUGAAGAACAUGAUUGCGAAGCUCGCAGCAGACCAUCUGGGGAACUGGCCUAGGUAUCUUAAGCAGACUGUCUUUGCGGAGAAUAUGACCCCUAAAAGGACGACAGGAUGUAUCCUAGCGGAGCUUUGGUACGGAAGAGAGAUCGACUUUCCCGUGGAAGCCUUGGUACCUACCUGGAAUAGGUUAGAUGAUGAUCCACAAAUGACCACUGGAGAGUUAAUCGAGGCAAGAUGUCAACAGAUCCUUAAGAACGAGGAAGUCAUGGAAGACAUCGCCAACCGGCUAGUAGACAGCAGAAUGAGGGACAAAGCAAGGUGGGACCAGGUUAAGAAUGUCAGAAAGGAGUCACUUCUAGUGGGAGAGAUGGUAUUGCUAAGGAACUCGACACUAGAAAGUACUUGAUCGAGACAACUGGGAAGAAGGUUCAAAGGCCCCUACCCGGUCG